AUGAUGGAAAGAGUCAAGUAUAGCGAGUCUCAGCUUGAGACCUACUACAACCGCAUCAACUUCCAAGACUCGGAUCGAAAAUACACAAUUACCAACCUUUCAAAUGAAAAUCAACUCGAAUUUCUCUUCGCACUUACAAAACACCAAAUCCUUACCGUUCCGUUUGAGAAUCUCACACUGCACUACUCGUGGCAUCGUACAAUCGACGUCAACGCAGACCAUCUCUUCACCAAAAUUGUCACCGAGAAACGAGGAGGCUACUGCAUGGAAAACAACAGUUUCUUUCACACUGUUCUUGUAUCGUUGGGUUUCGAGGUGUACAUGGUUGCUGCAAGGGUCUUCAGUCCUGAUGUGAAGAGGUACGGUGGUAUAACGCACUGUCUCAAUAUCGUCACCAUCGGAGACAAAUCUUAUGCAGUAGAUGUUGGAUUUGGAGGCCGUACACCGACUAUUCCCAUGGAACUCCUGGACGGAAACGUCUUCGAGAGAUCAGAUUCGGGUCAGAUGAGGCUUCGGCAUGACACAAUCCCUCAGUACCUCAGCGAGCAAAAGGUCUGGAUUUACGAAUUCCGCUCAAAUGACAGUGGCGAAUGGAUUCCUCAGUGGUGCUUCAUAGAUCAUGAGGCCCUCCCUGACGAUAUCCGUGUCAUGAACAUGGCCCCUGCAAAAAGUCCUUCUAGUUUCUUUACUUUUAAAGUCGUUGCCGUGCAGUUUGUUUCUGAAAAUGAAGACUGCUCGGAGAUGGAGACGAGAGAAUUAAAGAAUGUUGGUGGCAAUAUCGAUGGGAGUGUGUUCAUUGAUGGAAAUGUCAUGAAGUAUAGGAAGGCAGGUGUCGUCAAGAUGGAAAAGACUUUUGAGAGCGAAGAUGAGCGAUUGGAGGCGUUGAAGAACUAUUUUGGUAUCGAGUUGAGUGAAGAAAACCGGAGGGCUAUAAGAGGAACAGCUGGUGCUAUUGCAUAG